CUGUCAAAAUUUUUGUUCGUCUGGCGAAAAUUUUUGUCAUCAUCCCGUUUUCGGUAGGUUGCUGCGCGAUUUCGCAUCGGAAAUUCCGUGUUUUUCCGUUAGAUUUCGGUCCCCGUUGUUCCGGUGCAAGUGCUUCCGCUAGGGGUGUGCUGGAGCCGAGUGAGCAUUGCGGUCUAGGAGCAUUCGGAGCAGAGGAAUGCUACUGAAAUCCAGGCUCUCGUUUUGUGUCAUCAGCUGAAAUUAGAGAAAAGUUUCCUCCCUCAUUCGUCGUCUUCCCCGGAAGUGGGAACUGCACUGAUAAGGAGGAAUUUGAUUUGCUGGUCGUUUAUCCGAAUUGUUCUUGUCGUGUUUUUGGGAUGGCUUUGGACGCAAGUGUCCUUCCGUCGGAGCUGGUCACGAUAGCUCAGCCUUUGGUGGGAUUGUCCGGAUUAGAUGUCCAACGGAAUACUAUUCAUAAGACAAUUUGGGACGCGUUCAAUAAUGGCAAGAAACCGGAAAGCGAAUCGAUUCAAUACAAGUUACUUCCACAAAGCUACGAGUUUCCAGUUUCAAAACCCAAGCAUCAAUCUUACGAGUGGUACCACCCAAAAGGGAUCCUAAAAAGGAACUGGAUGUUAAAGCAUCUGCAUGUGCUACCAGCAGUUGUUGUCUUGUUUCAGGACCUGGAAUGGAACGAUCCUCAAUGGAGCGAAAAGCAGCUGCAAUGUGCUUCCAUCAUACAAACUUUGAAGAAUUCCCUCCAAGGAAGAAAUACUCGUCUGGCAGUUGUUCUGCUACAAAAAGGUGCACCUCCAGGUCAAGGCGAAGACCUGUUAGCUUCUGAAAGGGCAGCUCACUUGACCAGCACUUGCGACAUCAACGCCAAAAUGCUUUUUGUGCUUCCUCAUAAUGACCAUCUAAUGAGUCACAUCUUACGACUUCAAUCCGCCUUUCUAGAGCUGGCCCAAUCUUACUACACUCAAAUGAUGAAGCAAAUUCGGUUACACCGCGAUCAACUCACAGAUUCCCAUCAGAUCCUCAAAAUUAGACACCAGUUCAAGCUUGGAUUCAUUUCGGAACUCAAACUAGACCAAUCGAAUGCCCUUCGCCAUUAUCGGCAAACUUACGGCAAUCUGGACGAAAUCCGGAUCGUUGACACGAACUGUCUCGAAAUCAAAACCAUCGCCGGAUUUGUCAAUUACAAAAUUUGCCGGUUGUUCUUCAAACUGAACGCUCCCAAGGACAGUAUUUCGCACUUCAAGAAUCACAUCAACAAGUACCGAUCUAGGACCGGUUUUAAGGAGCUACUGUUUGAGCACAUGGCCUGGCUGAGCGUGCAGUACAGCGCCUUUGGGGAACUAUUUUGCGACGCGGUGAAGAACGGAUUGGCGCCACUGCAAACGCAACAUCCGGGAAUUUAUUUCCACAAAGCUGCCGAGUAUGUGGGCCGUAGAAAGGAAGCUUUUCUGCAGUGUUCGGCUCUCGGAGCGCCUGGUGAUGGAUCGGCAGCUGCCGUUGCCGUCAUUGGGCAUACAGCUGGGCAACAGCUCUCAUCAGCAAAUGCCAACUCGGCCCUGUACAGUGAUUUCUUCGGCAUUCGGGGCACGAAAACCGGCGAACCCGUUUCAGAACAACAGAUUAUCUGCAUUGUUCAGGAGCUGGAGAAAUCUUUCAACCAUUCGGCCGCUAUCAUCACGCUGCUAGGUCAAGCGAUGGCUCAGUAUAAAGUCUACAAAUGUCUACGUUUUCGCAAAAAGCUAGCCGUCGAUAUGGCCGAGGAAUACCUGAAAAGUGGUGACUACUCCAAGGCCCUAACGCUGUACUCGUUGAUGCUGUCCGACUAUCGAGUCGACAAGUGGUUCACAAUUUUCACCGAGGUGCUCCUGAAAACUUUACGUUCUGCCUAUCUGUCCGCAACGGUUCCGGAUUUUGUAGCCUGUAGCAUUGAGGCGCUCUCCCCUAGCAUUGCUAUGGAGAAGUCGGACCGGAUUAUGAUUUUGGAAAAUUUGUGGAAGGUAUUUCACAGCGUUUCGCCGGUAUCCAGUAGUCAAAUUGCUCCGGAACUUACUUCCAGCUGGCAGACAGCACUAGGGGCUUUCAGUAGUCCGAUUAAGUUGGAUCUGGAUCGAUUGAACGAUUUGUUGGAAUGUAAACUGACAUUCGAUCAAAGGCAAAUUAAAAAUGAUGAAAAGUUGCACCUUCAACUGUACGUUCGAUCGAUUGUGGAGGUUCCUCUGAAGUUGAGAAAUUUCUCAGUUCUGCUGACGGAUCUAAAAUCAAGUGCAGUUCGUAUUCCGGCUGUCGAGUAUUGCGAGUAUUUGCCGACGGAACCACCCGAAGCCGUUUCGAUGAAGCCAAUUGAAGAGUUUAUCCUGGAGCCACAGAAGUGUUAUCGAAUCCGGUUCGUUGGCGAACGCUAUCAAUUUAUGGAGAAUGUUGAUGUACACAUUUUCCGGUUGGAAGUCCAGAUGGGUUCGGAUCGUAUUUAUGCUAUCCUUUCCCAGCGAGAAAAAUUAAACCGUCAACCGGUGUUCAAAACGUACAAUCCACACCAAGAUUGCAUGGAACGGAUUGCUAUCAUCAGCUCCUGUUACAUAAUUCCGACAUUCCACAUAGGAUCACAAACUAAGCAAAAUAAUCAACCGAUGCUGACGAACGAGUUCUAUCGAAUCACAACCAAAAUUCUUAACCAUUCGGAUUUGUGUCUCCAAAACGUUGGUGUCUCGAUAAACGUUCCACAAAAUUUGAAAUCUAGUGUAUUUCUUACUACGGACCUCAACCAACCGAUGCAGAAAAUUAACUCCAGCGUCCAGAUCGACGUCGGUGAGCUGCAGAUGCAAUCGUCGACCAGUAUUUCCUACUAUGCCACCAGCCUAAUCGAGGGAAACAUCGAGCUGCAUCAGCGACUUUUCUAUCAAACGGAAAACCUGCACCAAAACAAGUCAUCCGUCGGUUCCGGUCCCUCGACCAUAAACGACUCACCCUCGACGCCAAACAGCGAAAAAGAGGAGCUGGCCAAGCUGCUGCAAUCCACCAACAACCAACAGCAGGUGCUAAAGUUCAACAACGAAAACCACAACGUCAAGGUCGAGUACCUCAGUGACGGUUUGGUGCGGAAGACCAAAGAGGACACCAUUCUGUUGCCUUGUGUGGAAGAAAUCAAGCUAACCGGACGCUUCUACACCCUGAAUCGGCUACCGAUGGGUUCGAUGGCCUACCGGAACGAAGAUUUCAUACUGCGGGUCAAUAUGGAAGUUCGCGCUCCGGAUGGAAUCGAUAUCCUGCAGACGCAGUUGUUUUGUGACCACAACAUCAUCGAAAAGCCUUAUAAGGGUCAACUGCCUAUUGUUGGCACAAAAUUGCGGAAACUGACACGUUUCGAAGAUCUCCAUCUUCUGAACCCCGUUAACUGUACCCGGGAAUGGGUAUCGCAAUCCAAUUAUCUGAAAAGUGACGUGCGGCUAACGUUCAACCGGAGCCGAACUCCAACCGACUACAGCACCACCACAUCGAACCGGUCCCAAAACGAGGAUCAGUUCAACCGAAACCUGCUUUCGAAGCUUCCAGCAAAUGCCACAAUUAUUGGUAGCACUAAUACCCAACUAACCAACCAGUUCACACUAACACUAACACCCAAUACUUCCUCCUCUUCCCCUGUCCAACCUUCUUCCGGUUCUUCGCCGGUUCCUCCACCAGGUUCGGUUAUGACGUCCUCGACGGGAAGUUCCGACGAUUUCAAAGUUAAACCGCUACCGAUAACAACGGACGCCCAACAGCAACGGGACGAGUCGGCCUCCAAAACCCCGAUGCAGGUUAAAACCAUCUUCAAUCAGGCGCUCGAUUGUGUUCAGCUAACGACCAACGACCGGUCCGGGUUCAUCAAUGCCUCCGUUGUACCGACCCUGAGCAGCAGCGAGUCCAAGCCCAUUUUCGGGGUGUACAGCGUUCGAUGGUGCCGCAGCAACAGUCCUACCGUGGUCAACGAGUCGAAGUUUGUGAUUCUUGGAAUCGAUGUGAUAGAGCCCCCUCUCAACAUUUACUGCUACCUGGAGGAGAAGAUGUACGUGCGGAUACCGAUGACGCUCCGGAUCACCAUUAGGAAUCCGACCCGGAAGAUCAUGCAUCUGCAGGCUCUGCUCAACAGUUCGGACAGUUUUAUGUUCUCCGGGCAUCGGCAGCUCAACGUCUCGGUUUUUGCAUUUUCCUCGUACGAUCUGCUGUACAACCUGUACCCGCUGAAAGCUGGCUGGCAACCACUGCCUGAGCUUCAGCUCGAUUACAUCAAUCAUUCCAACAGCAGCACCAGUAGCAUCAACGCCAGUCAAGCUCCCGGGAUGGGUCCCGGUGCCGGUGGACCACAAGCUCCAGGUGGCGGGACGGUAUCCGUCCCCGUUGUUACGAUAGAUGUAGGCAAUAGUAGUACCGGCAAUAGCAAUACUCAUCCACAGCAAUCCGAGGUCGAUUCCGCCGGCGGCAGCAGUUACGAGAGCCAGCGUAAAGCUGAACUGGCCGCCUUGGUCAAACGCUGGAUGCCCAAGAUGGUGUUCAUUCAUCCACCAAACCGAUCCUGAAACUAGAACAGCAAUGUAUGUUGUAGGUAUGUAUAGUUUACAUUAUCAAAUUUAUUGUUUCUGGAAACAAUUAUUAUUGACAAAAAAAAGUGAGCGUCAGAUUAAAAUCAAAAUUUUCUACUAAUUUACUCUUAGAAAUAACAGUUUUCCGGGAAAACUUUUCCCCUAACUGAAUUGGGGUACAAGGCACCCGGAUUUCGAUUUGCCUAACCCUUCGGUUAAACUUUAGAUUAGCAUCUUUCGGUGCUCAGUAGAAUUAACAGUCUACGAAAUUUUCUAACGAAUUCGAUGAUCAACAGAAUUAUAACUUUUUUUCUCGAUAAAACUCGAUUUAUAAAAAUUCUCUUAUAGAACAUUCAAAAUAGUUAACUGUUUGCUCGGAACACGUGUUCUUAGAUGUGGCCUAGCUCAUCUCUGUAUAGAAUCAAUUUUAAUACGAAUUCUUGUAUUAUAGUAAACGCGUUAAGACAGCAAAAGAGAAAGAAACAUGUACAUUUAACCAAUUAACUAAAAUCUAACGAUAUCGAAUAGUAGGGUUCUUAAUAAAAGAAAAAUAAAUAUUUGGGGAGCACGCAUAAAAAAUCGCGGUAAAAUUGUUCUUGGGCAGCAACCAACCUAAAAACGCGGCGCCCGCAAACAUCUUGUUCUUAUAUGGAUUUGAAACCGUCGUUGGUUUUGUUGCACCAUAUUGUAGAGUGUGAUUUAUUAGUGAAUGUUGAAAUAUCAGGCAUGAGGUAACAAAAACGAUGGGAUAAUACGAAACAAUAAAAGAAGUUAUUUAUU